GAGAAUAAUCACUUGUUUCUCUUACCUCUUAACUUGAAGCGAUUCACGGACCAUGGCAGAGUUUUAUGUUCAAUUUCUCAGUUUAAUUCUGUUCAUAGUCGCAUCACAAUGCAGAGCUGACUCAACGGUGACUGAGACCGUGUCAACGUUUAAAGAAGAGGAUGUAACUCUCUCGUGCUUCAAUAAAAGUCAGACAGAACCAGGCCAAAGAAUCAGAUGGAUGAGGUAUGACGCAGAUGCUGAAAAGCCGAGGGAUAUCUUUGUGUGGCCUAAGAAAGCCCAGGAUGGACCGCAAUUAAAUGAGAGGGUUGAUGGAAAUGGACAAGGGCAACUCUUUCUGAGAGAAAUACAAAUGUCUGACGACGGGCUGUAUAAAUGUGAAGUCUGGGAAGGAUGGGAUGUCCUUCUGGUCAAAGAAGUAUCACUGAAAGUAAAAGCUUGCAAAGUCCUCCAAACGGUGAAGGCAGUACCCGGCACAGAUGUGAAGCUCAGCCUCCCGGUGAACAUAACAUCCAGAGCCUUCAACAUAUCCUGGGGAAUGGUGAAAGGAGACAAGGCCGUACCCAUCGAGUCCGAAAGGAUUGAAAUUAAUGGCACAUCACUGGCAAUCCGGUCUGUGGUUGACGGCGACGGUGGCUGGUAUAGAUGUAGCUGCGUGAUCAGACAAACUCAGCGUUGCUUUGAUAUCAAUGUGCUUGUCCAAGGCUUCACUACGGCCACAACAGUUCCUGUUAGUCCAAGAACAACUCAUCAAGUCGGUGGGACUGAAUUUACACACAGGAAGGAAGAGAGCAGUGAAUCUUUGACCACAAUUAUCACUUCAGUCAGUGUGGGCAUCCUGCUAAUUUGUUCACUGGUAGGAUCAUACAUUUACCACAGACGUCGCACCCGCAGACGUUGCUCCCACAGGCGCACACGGCAAAUCGGGAUGCGCCCUACAGGCCCUGCGGACUCCAUGGACGGCUACGAGGCAGUGGCUCUUCCACACACGCAAGGUUCAAACCACCACAUCAACAGUUUAUACCAAACCGAGGAUGAAAACUUGUGCACUUUCCAGUAUUAGUCAUGUACAGUCUGCUUAAGGCAAGAAGAUUUUCCUCGUAAAAUUCAAAAACUUGGUCUCUAACCUGGAUCUUUUUCAAGAAAAUGCAAUUCAUGAAUUCAAAAAUGUAAUUUAUAAGAAAGUGUAAUAGACAACUUUUGUUCUGCAUAUAUGUAAUCAUUUAUUUUAUUCAAAUUAAUUAUUGUCUCAUACACAGCUUCAUGUCAAGAAAAAUCUUUAAUUAAUAAUAAUAACAAUAAAUCUCUGUUGUUCAAUCUAGUUUACAGCCUGUAAUAAAUCAUACAAAGCUG